UUUAAAAGUGAACAAGAAAUCUUUUUCCGAGAGGCUCAGCUUCUCAGGGGAGUUGAGGUCACUCUCCCUCAGGGAGAUGAGUCCACCAGCCAGCUCCUGGGUUCUGGUCCACAAGUUUCUAGCAGGUGCUUCCUCGCAGUAUGCUUCUAUGGGACAAAGGCAGAGCCACCAAGGCUGCCAUCAGACCAUUCUGCAGGGAGGAGAGUGUUUCCCAGCUGGCGGGGGCCCCAGGAGCAGUGGCCGUGGGAAGCAGACUGCUGCGGUCGUAAGCCAUGGCCUGGACUUCCGUCCUGCUCAUGCUGGUGGCCCACCUGACAGGUUGUGGCCCUCAACCCACGCUGUAUCAACCACCGUCUGCCUCUUCCUCGCUUGGAACCACCAUCCGCCUCUCCUGUGCCCUGAGCAGCAACCAUAACAUCAACAUUUACAACAUUUACUGGUACCAGCAGCAUCCAGGCCACCCUCCCAGGUUCCUGCUGAGAUAUUUCUCACGCUCAGACAAGCACCAGGGUCCCAAGAUACCCCCUCGCUUCUCCGGAUCCAAAGAUGUGGCCAGGAACCUGGGGUAUCUGUGGAUCUCUGAUCUGCAGCCUGAGGACGAGGCUGUGUAUUACUGUGCCAUGGGGCUCUGGAGCCAGGAAAAGGAGAACGGGAUAGAGAGGGAGAGAGGAGGAGAAAAGUAGUUUACAGAUUCGGAAUCCCAGGCUCUGGAGGUGCCGUUUGCUUUGCUCAGUGAGGCUGGUAUAGGAAGGAGGGGUAGAGCAUUGGGGUUUCACAGAGCCAAGAAGAUGGAGCCAUUCAGCUUUUCCAUGUCUUGCAAUGUUGCUGUGAGCCCCACUGGAGGCUGGAUUAUAGAAUUAAAGCUCUUUUUCUGA